AUGUCAUCAAUACAAGUCAAGAACAGGGCACAACAGUCAGCGAAAGCGCCCUCCUCAUCAGACACGCCUGAGGAACACUGGAAAUGGGCCCAGGAUCGGAAACCCGAAAAAGAGCACGUCACUUUCUCGGCAUUCGUCUCUCGAUUCAAAUUCUACGACAGGACAAACGCCCAUCGCGCACGACUCAAGGAUAAGAGCACCGAGAUUGCUGUCCACAAGGCCUCAGUAAAGGUGCAGGAGGCAGGUCUCAAGCAGGUGGAUUCGAACUUUAAGCGACAUCUAGCCAGGCACGGACCAACGAAACCCAAAACCGAUGGUCGGUAUCGAAACGGUGCGACAGCGACCGAAGUUUAUGAGGGCGACAUGGAGAGCAUCACCAGUCAGAAAAGCGCUAAUUUUAUCGAACGUGAUGAACUGGAUUGGCCUGAGGAGCCUGAGGCGACUAAGGAUGCCGACGGCCUGGAUGCAGCGAGCCUUUCGGAAGAAGAGAACCUUCAGGAUGCUGAAUCAUUCCUGGAUCCUGAGCGUGCUAAGGAUGUUGCAGACUCUGAAGGCCACGCGAUGAACGACGAGCACAUUGAUGAUCGAGUGAACAGCGAGCGUGGGUCUGGUGACAACGGCGAGUGA